AAUUAAUAGAGAUUGACUUUAAAUACAUAUCCCCUGAAUAUUUAUUCAAGCAUUUAAUCCAUUCUUGGAAUAAAUUAAAUUUCCUAUCUUGUUAUAUAACAGAUACACAGAUAGAUAGAUCAUUGUUGAAUUGCCCCUUCUCUUCUUUUCAUCAUUAAUUCACAGCAUAGAGCCAUGGCUGGGUUCUUGAAGAUUUCCAUGGCUCUCUGCCUGUGUUUGUUGGCUGUUGGCUGUUUGUGUCCCGCCGCGGCAGAGCUUCAGACCUUCCACCACCCCGCACGGGGCGAUGGCAGCCUCAUCAGCUUCUUGGUCGUCGGCGAUUGGGGAAGAAAAGGGGAUUUCAACCAGUCCCGAGUUGCCUCUCAGAUGGGGAGAAUAGGGGAUAAAUUGGACGUGGAUUUUGUUGUGUCCACAGGUGACAAUUUUUAUGACAAUGGGUUAACAGGAAAAGAAGACAAGGCGUUUAAGGAGUCCUUCACAGAUAUAUAUACUGCAAAAAGCUUGCAAAAACAAUGGUAUUCUGUUUUAGGGAACCAUGAUUAUAGGGGAGAUGCAGAGGCUCAGCUCAGCCCUUACCUUAGGAAAAUUGACAGCAGAUGGUUGUGUUUAAGGUCUUUUGUUGUGAAUGCAGAUGUUGCGGAGAUAUUUUUCGUUGAUACAACUCCAUUUGUGGAAGAAUAUUUCUCUUCUCCCGAGCACGCGUAUGAUUGGCGUGGUGUAAAUCCUCGCCAGGCUUACCUCGCCGGUUUAUUAAAAGAUUUGGAAUCGGCAUUGGCGAAAUCAACCGCAACCUGGAAAAUAGUUGUGGGGCAUCACGCGAUUAGGAGCGUUGGGCAUCAUGGCGAUACCAACGAGUUGAUCGAUCGCCUUCUCCCCCUUCUUCGGAACUACAAUGUGGAUAUUUAUAUGAAUGGCCACGACCAUUGCCUCGAGCACAUAGCCGAUGAUGAAAGUGCAAUACAGUUUAUGACGAGCGGAGCGGGAUCGAAGGCGUGGAGGGGAGACGUGAAGGGGUUGAACAAAGAGGGGUUGGCGUUCUUCUAUGACGGACAAGGGUUCAUGUCGGUGCAGCUCAUGAAGAAUGACUUGGAGAUUGUGUUCUAUGAUGUGUUUGGCCAUGCUCUACAUAGAUGGUCCAUCUCCAAACAAUAUUUGCAUUCCACAAUGUAGCUUGGAGUAUAUGUUGUGUUGUUAAAAUUUUUACAACUCUUUUUCUUCUUCUUUGUUUUCUUAGUUCCCACUUUUCAAGUUGUUUUCUUUAUACUUUUUUAGAAUUAGAAUAGAUAGAUUUGUGAGUU